AUGACGGACGAAACUGCUCAACCGACACAAUCUGCCCCAAGGCAGGAAUCUGCUGCGCCAAAACAAACCGACGAUGAUCAGCAGGUAUCCCAACAACAGCAACAGCGUGGCUAUAAUAACUACAAUGAUGGUAGCAACUAUAACCAAAAAAAGCCUUACAACAGCAAUAGGCCCCAUCAGCAAAGAGGUGGAAAGUUUGGCCCUAACAGAUAUAACAGUCGUGGUAACUAUAAUGGUGGCGGUAAUUAUAGAGGUGGGCACAUGGGUGCUAACGGCUCAAACGUACCUUGGACAGGAUACUAUAACAAUUAUCCAGUCUAUUAUCAGCCGCAACAAAUGGGUGCCGGAAAUGCAAUCCCUGUCAAUGUUGCUCCUGCCGAUGAGAAGUCUUCUCCGGUGCCAACCAAGAUAGAAAUCACUACCAAAUCUGGCGAACACCUAGAUUUGAAGGAACAGCAUAAGGUUAAGUUACAGUCGAAGGAAACGUCUACCGCACCUACGCCAUUGGACCCAAAAUCAGAGGAAGCUUCUGAUUCUGCUCCAACUCCAACUCCUACCCCUGCUACUACUGAUUCUAAGGAAAGUUCUGAGGAAAAUAUCUCUGAAGCUGAGAAGACCAGGAGAAAUUUUAUUGAACAAGUCAAACUUCGUAAAGCUGCUUUAGAAAAGAAGAGAAAGGAACAGCUUGAAGGAGCCGGUGGCAGCAGUAAUGUUUCAACAGAAACUGCCCCAGUAAAGGCUGAAGAGACGGAACCAGUCAUAUCUGAAGCUGGUGAAAAAAAACCAGCCGAGCUAGAAACUAAUCAAGACACUCCAAGCGAAGAAAACGGACAAGAAGAACAAGGUCAAAUUAAGGAAGAAUCCACUACCAAGGCGUUGACUUUUGCCGAACGCUUGAAGUUGAAAAAACAACAAAAAGAACAAGAAAAGACGGAAGAAAAGGAAAAUCAGGAAGAACCGGUACAGGAAGAAGCCAACUCUGUUACAAAGACUGCCACCGUGCCUUCUACUGAACAAGAUCAGGAACAAACUGAGACCAGUGAAACUGAGCGGUCAGAAGUUGAGGAAUCUACUCCACAAACAGCUGAACCAACUGCUACCAUCCCAGGUACUCUUGCUGAAUCUGGCGAAGCUGACGAUACUGAAGUGAAAGUUGAAUCUGAAGCAGAAGUCGAAGCUGACAUCGAAACCGCCGCUGAUGAUGAAGCCGAUAAUGGUACAAACACCGUUUCUCACGUGUUGAAUGUAUUGAAAGAUGCGAGACCAAUUGAAGACGUCUUUUCUUUCAUUUACCCAGAGGGAAUUGAGGGUCCAGAUAUCAAGUACAAGAAGGAACACGUCAAGUACACGUAUGGCCCAACUUUCUUGCUUCAAUUCAAGGACAAGUUAAACGUUAAGGCAGACGCCGAAUGGGUUCAAAGCACUGCUUCUAAGAUUGUCAUUCCACCAGGAAUGGGUAGAGGGAACAAAUCAAGAGACCCCAGUAGAUUCUCCAACAAUUCUAGCCGCGGCCAUGACUUCAGGAGCAAUUCUGUGAGAAAUAUGGAUGACAGAGCUAAUUCAAGAACUUCAUCAAAGAGAAGAUCAAAGAGAAUGAACGACGAUAGAAGAUCUAAUAGGUCUUACACAUCAAGAAGGGACCGUGAAAGGGGCUCCUAUAGAAAUGAAGACAAGAGAGAUGACGACAGACCAAGGGAAGAAGUUGCUCCACUCGUUCCAAGCUCUAAUAGAUGGAUUCCAAAAUCCAAGGCUAAGAGUACUGAAAAGAAAUUGGCUCCUGAUGGAAAGACUGAACUCUUAGAUAAGGAUGAAGUUGAAAGAAAAAUGAAGUCAUUGCUGAAUAAACUUACUUUAGAAAUGUUCGACGCGAUUUCAUCCGAAAUUUUAGCUAUUGCAAACAUAUCUGUAUGGGAAACAAAUGGUGAAACGUUGAAGGCUGUGAUAGAACAGGUUUUCCUAAAGGCUUGUGAUGAGCCCCAUUGGUCUUCUAUGUACGCGCAAUUAUGUGGUAAGGUUGUUAAAGAGUUGAAUCCAGAUAUUUCAGACGAAACCAAUGAAGGCAAGACCGGUCCAAAAUUGGUCUUGCAUUACUUGGUUGCUAGAUGCCAUGCAGAAUUUGACAAGGGUUGGACCGAUAAAUUACCAACAAAGGAAGAUGGUACUCCACUAGAACCUGAAAUGAUGUCCGAAGAAUAUUAUGCCGCUGCUUCUGCAAAGAGAAGAGGUUUAGGUUUAGUUCGUUUUAUUGGUUUCUUGUAUCGUUUGAAUCUGUUAACCGGCAAGAUGAUGUUCGAAUGUUUCCGCAGGCUAAUGAAGGAUUUGACAGACUCUCCAUCUGAAGAAACUCUAGAAUCAGUUAUUGAGUUGCUAAACACUGUCGGUGAGCAAUUUGAAACCGAUAGUUUCAGGACGGGUCAGGCUACAUUGGAAGGUUCCCAAUUGCUCGAUAGUUUAUUCGGUAUUUUAGACAAUGUUAUCCAAACCGCAGAAAUGUCUAGUAGAAUUAAAUUCAAGUUGGUUGAUAUCAAAGAAUUAAGGCACGACAAAAACUGGAAUAGUGACAAGAAGGACGAUGGUCCUAAGACUAUUCAACAGAUUCAUGAGGAAGAAGAAAGACAACGUCAACUUAAGAACAACUCAAGAUCUAAUUCAAGACGUACGAACAACUCCAGUAAUAGACAUUCUUUUAGAAGGGAUGCUCCUCCUGCAUCCAAGGAUAGUUUCAUUGCAACCAGAACAUAUUCUCAAAGGAAUACUCAAAGGGCCCCUCCUCCAAGAGAAGAACCAUCUGCGCCAACAUCCACUGCCACAAAUAUGUUUAGUGCAUUAAUGGGUGAAAGUGACGAUGAAGAAUAA